AGGAAAUUCAGGUUUCAAGUCCCGGAGAGAGCGGUUUAUUAAACAAUUAUGCAGUUAGGCGUAGGUCUUCAUAAGGCAGCGUUAAAAAAAAAAAGAUUUUCAUUAGGAAAACAUCGAUCUACAUAUCUAUCAAAGAAACAUAUAUAUUUACCACACAAACAACGCAAAGAUCUUUUACGUGAAGCCUCUUCAUUAUCAUUUAACGUGUUAUAAAUAUCUGACAAUAAAAACAUUUGAAGCUGCAUGGAUUUUGUUCUUCGUGCAUGGCCCCCCGAGUUGUGGUGAGCACCAUAUAUCUCAAACACCUGGGCUCUUAAUAUCUAUCUCGAUGUGCCAUCCUGACUUUUACUCUCCACAUGACUUGUACCAACGUCUUUGCGCUUGCGAUUUGUACUUAGAUGUGGGAUAGUAUCGGUUAACCAAUCUGAUCCAGUUGUCAUAUUUUAUAAUUUGAAAUGUGAAAUGUAGUAUUGGUUGGUGGAAUACAUAUAGAGUCUAUACAUAUUUAUCUGUUUUGCUCAUAACUGGCACACGAUAGGGUCGCAUUAUCCUCUUUUUUUCUAUUACUGACAAAAUGUCAAAACUUGGCAUAAUUUUAUAUGGGUUGACGAAAAAGUGGUCAACUAAUUGUUUUUUGAAGAAAAAAAACAUUUGUAUUUUACUUUUACUUCGAAAAACCUGUCCAUAACAUGAAAUGGUUAUCAGAACACUAGGUACCCGUUGGUUUUGUAUUAUGAUCCGUUUAGUAUUAUUGCUUGAAUAAUUAAACACAAUUUUUUUUUUUACUAGUACUAUAGUAUCUAUUUUUAGAUCUUGAUUUCACAAGAUGGGGAAGAAAAUUAAAUUAACAACUAUAGAAGCGUAGGUACGUGACCUGUAAAACAGCAUGCUUCAGCGUUAUAGGGGGAUGGACAUGGUUCCAAUGGAAAAGCACGUCUCUUUGAGAGAAAAAGCAUGAACUGAACACACAAACUUUUUUUACGUCGGUUAAAAUUUAUUAAAAUGCUUAAAGCCUAUAUAGUGCAUGCCGCCAAUAUAUAGCUAGCAUUGAAAUGCUAUAUUAAAUAUUUUAGCUUUUGUUUUUCACCAAGUAAAGGCUAAUCUUCAAAAAUAAAACAUGUUAACAUUAUGAUUAGCUACCAACUAAUAAUUGUACCUCUUGGGCAUUUUUCUAUAGCAUAUGUUUUGGAAGCUACUUUUGUUUAUAUAAAAUGGAAAUACUAUAAAUAUAUAUAUAUAUAUAUACUCUUUCGAUUUCAAAAUAAGUAUUGUUUUAGAGUUAACUUUUUAAUUGUAAGAAGAUUAUCAUUUCACAUCUUAACAUUUUACCCCAGAAAAGUUGUCAUUUAAUUUCACAUUUCAGUGCAAUUUUACAUACCCUUUUACCCCAAAACUGUAAUAUUGUAUUCAAGUUAUUUAAAAUAACUCUUUUUCAAAAAGAGUUAUUUAAUAUAACUAGGGAUGCAUUAAACAAAGGUACAUCAUCAUGGUUUUAAAAACUAGCAAGUACGAAUAUAACAUAUUUUCUAAAACAGAGAGGAAAUCUAAGACUAACAAAUAUAUAAAAUUCAAAUAUAUGCAGCCACUAUAAAAGUCUAACCUUUGCAGAUAGAACCCAAAAAUGUCAACAUCUAUUUUUAACUUUUGUCAACAGCUAUCUUGGGACAGCGGCAAUGCAUCAUCAAUGAUCGUAAAAAUAUGUAAUUGUUUUUUUUAGUUUGCUCGUAUAAUAUACACAUACAUGUACGGCUGUUCGAGGACAAAGAAAAUAUCAAGUGACACUCUAUAGAAUGACAGGUUUUAUUGAGACAAAUUCAAAUCUAUAUAACAAGUAACAGUGACUCGAAGAAACAAAAAGCUCAUAACGGCUCUUCGUUGAUAACAAAAUAUAUUACGUAGUAGUUGUCGACUUGUCGUUGAUAGCAAAACUCCUAAUAUCUUUCAUCUGUCUCUAAAGUGGGUUAUUUACUCUAGAAGUUCUGUUGUUUUCGUUCUUCCAAAUGGUAUUUCAUGAAGAGGAGAACAAAUAGAAAGAUGAAUAUAAUCUUUUUAUUUCUUUUUUUCCUAGGAAAAAUGGCAUGAACAUAUCAUGAAUUCAGAAACUGAUGAGAAGACGUAUCACAUUAGGAUACACGUAUAUAUCUAUAAACAUAUAUCUAGAUGACUAUAUCCUAAUAGAUUAACGAUACCUAUGUGACUAUGUCUUGUUUUCGUUUUGUUAUUUUUCUUUUUGUACUAAACUACGUAUUCAAACAUAAAUAUAUUCACUUGUAUAGUUUGAGAAGCAAAAUUUGUGCUUGCAUGUUGAAACUAUAAUUUGUAUUAAAAAGCUUACUCUUUCGUUUUUCAAUUUAGAGGAAUAAAUUACUUUGUUAAUUUGACUUUAUAAGUAAUUAAAUACAGGCUAGUACUAUUAUUAAGUAUUUCAAACAAUGUAAUCGACAACACUGUUUGGCGUUUAUGGGUUCGUUCACUGUUGGAGAAAUCUUCAUGCAAAUGAGAAACAAACACGUUAAGCCUCGAAGUGAUGAUGUGAUUCUGAUGCGUAAGUUAGAAUUUUGUGUACCAGACUUGGUCCGAAGCCAAAAAAGAACAAACCCCACGACGUACUUAGCCAGGUGUGGCUAUUUUAUGGUAGAACGAGUUAAGGGAGGUUUCACUUAACUACCGCAAUUUUUUUAAUUGUCGUUUGUACCAAUUGAUUGGUAAAUAACUUUCAAGAGUCGUUGAUAUAAAGUUGAAUAUUCUCAUCUGGGUUCUUAAUGAUUUAUGAUUUAUUUUCAACGAUGACAAGUUAGUGACAUUGAUUAUAAUGUUCAUGAAAUAUGUGAAUAAGAUAAAGUGUGAAAAAGUCUAAAACGCGAGUGUUUUCCCUAUAAUUAAGGAGUACAUAUUCUUGAGGUGAUGAGGAUAAGUACUCGAAGUAUGAUUAAGGAUCUUGGAGUUAGCUACGGUAAGUUUGAUUCGUUAGGCCAGCACUCAUAUGAUAUGCAAAGUGCUCCCCACGCCAUGUAGUGUGGUAGCAAUAUUAUAGCGUUUCAGGGUAAUUUGAAAGUAGUCGGAUCCGUUAAUUUCUUCGAAUGUUUACAUGCAGGAUCGAACCCAAACACCUUUAGAACUAUUCUAAGGGGCAAAGAAAUAAACCUAAGUUUGAUAAUACAUCAUGCCCUAAUUUUCUAUGUGUCACAAAAGGAUUCAUCUACACUAAAUUAUAAUUAAGUAUAUCUUUGAAAUGACAAAAGGGUAAUUUAAGAUUCAUGAUCAUUUAAUCACAUAUAUCAUCUAGUUUAAAAUAUCCACCUUUUAAGAUGAUAUAUAUAUAAACAUUUCAGUUUAACUUUAAUUUAAUUUAAUAUGCACUAGUAAAAAUUACUCUAGAUUUAUUUUGUUUGUGGUGAAAGAUAUUAAUAAAUUUUGUCAUCUGAAACAAAUAAAUUAAAGCAUUCGAGAACCGUAGAUAAAACGAAGAUUUGAAAAGGAAAUGCACAAAAAAUAACUUUGAAUUUAUCUCAUAUAUAACACAUUCUCAUUAAAUUUUAGUAAGAAAAAAAAAGAUUAUUUAUAGAUAAACAUUUGUAAGAGAGGUUCUAAUGAUCUUAUGGCUGCAGCUGGUACCCAUUUUUGGAAUAGAAUUAUAUGGAAUACUCAAAUGGAGUAGAAUGAUCAUUCCAUAUAUUACAAAAAAUAUAUAUAUAAAGCAAAAUAUUCCAUUGAAAUUUUGAUAAAGAAUAAAUGGAAUGAAUAUAUUAUAUUUUUCUACUAUAUUCUAUUCAUUUGAUUCCAUUCCUUAGGUUUACCAUUUACAGUCUAUAUAUAUCUCACUUGAUAAAAUCUUAUCUUUAAUUCUUUCUUUUCUUAUAUAUUUUUAUUUUAGUAUAUAUCUAUAAAAUAUCUACCAAUGAAAUUGCUCUUAUGAAAUAUGUGUCUCUCUCUAAAGCUUUUUCACUUUUAAAAGAUAAACUAAAACUUAAUUGUUUAGCUGAAUUACAGACAAAUGUGCCCAUUUUAUUUCUUUGAUAAACUUUUUGUUUCCUAGACAUGCUAUAGAUACUUUAAAAAUAAAUCCAAAGUCAAUCCUUUAAAAUAUUUAUUUGACUUUUAUAUGGACUACAAUAAAACCCAAGAUCAUAUUAGAUAUCUUACCUUCUGUCACUGACAACGUGACAGUCAUUAGCCAUUAGGUAUACUAGUGUGUGUGUAUAUAUAACCGGAUAAGCUAUGCUUUCGACAUCGGCAAAUAAUCUUAUCUACUAAUAUUCUAAAAUCUGUCAUUGUGUUUCAUUCCAAAGAGUAUAAUGGAAACCACCAACAUCACCAGUCAAACAAAUCUUCUAUCGAAGAUAGACCUAGAAAAGCAAAACCCUACCAAAACUUUCCCACCAAUCUCUGAGCUUAAAGCUGAGGCAAAGUCUCUCUUCUCCUUAGCCUUUCCCACUAUCCUGGCCGCGCUCAUCCUCUACGCUCGCUCGGCCAUCUCCAUGCUCUUCCUCGGCCAUAUCGGUGAACUAGAGCUCGCUGGUGGCUCCUUGGCUAUUGCCUUCGCCAACAUCACUGGAUACUCAGUUCUCGCAGGCCUUGCACUUGGCAUGGACCCACUUUGCUCUCAAGCCUUUGGAGCGGGCAAGCCAAAACUCCUCUCACUAACUCUUCAAAGAACCGUGCUGUUCUUGCUCACAAGUUCGCUUGUGAUCGUCACCUUAUGGCUCAACUUGGGAAAGAUCAUGAUCUCUCUCCAUCAAGAUCCAAGUAUCUCAUCGUUGGCUCAAACGUAUAUUCUUUGCUCUAUUCCUGACUUGCUCACCAACUCUUUUCUUCAUCCUCUUCGUAUAUACCUUAGAGCACAAGGUAUCACAAGCCCGUUAACGAUCGCAACCCUAGCCGGCACCAUCUUCCACAUACCCAUCAACUUUCUCCUCGUCUCAUACUUCGGGUUAGGUUUCGUCGGUGUUUCAAUGGCUGCAGCCGCUUCAAAUCUCUUCGUUGUUGUGUUCCUUGUGGUCCACGUUUGGGUCAAAGGUCUACACGAGCCAACGUGGACUUCCCCUAGCUCAGAAUGUUUCAAAGACUGGGCCCCACUGAUCAGUCUCGCGAUACCUAGCUGCGUGGGGGUAUGCUUAGAGUGGUGGUGGUACGAGAUAAUGACCGUUCUUUGUGGUUUACUCGUAAACCCUAAAACGCCAGUUGCAGCAAUGGGUAUUCUCAUCCAAACGACGUCGUUGCUUUACAUUUUCCCAUCGUCCCUAGGGUUCGCUGUGUCCACUCGCGUAGGUAACGAACUAGGAUCAAACCGCCCCAAAACGGCUAGGUUAUCAGCCAUCAUAGCCGUUUCCUUCGCCGGAGUAAUGGGUAUGACUGCGUCAGCGUUUGCUUGGGGAGUAAGCGACGUAUGGGGAAUGAUCUUCACAAACGACAUGGACAUCAUCAAGUUAACAGCAGCGGCGCUGCCUAUUCUCGGGCUCUGCGAGCUCGGGAACUGCCCGCAAACUGUAGGUUGCGGUGUCGUUAGAGGCACCGCACGGCCGUCCAAAGCGGCCAACAUAAACCUAGGAGCGUUUUACCUCGUUGGGACGCCUGUAGCGGUCGGGCUAACGUUUUGGGCCUCGUAUGGAUUUUGUGGGCUUUGGAUAGGUCUUUUCGCGGCUCAGAUAUGUUGUGCUGCUAUGAUGCUUUAUGUUGUGGCUACUACAGAUUGGGAGGGAGAAGCCAAGAGAGCUAGAAAGCUAACGUGCAGUGAAGGCGUCGAUGUGGUGAUUUCAGCGCAAGGUAACGGUGAUGACCUUACGGAACCAUUCGUUUACGUUGUCACGGUCGCUGCUGACUAGCACUAAUCGAAUGCUUUGGGUUAUUUUAUUCUUUUUUUUUUUUACUUGGAAUGAUCGGUUCCAUUUGGGGUGUGUGUUUUGAGAACUUUUAAAUCUAUUCAUAUUUAUCAUCCCAUGUAACUUUGCCAUAUUUACUUGUAUUGUAUGCUAUUUUAGAAGAAAAAAAAAUAUGUGUAACCGGCUAGUUAAUAAAACCCGAAUAAAAAUUCAAAACUCGAACAACUCUUAUUAUAUAUGUGUGUCGCUUUGUAUUUUAAUCUUGUUUAUAUUAUAUGUGUGUUACUUUUUCAAAGUAUACAUUGUAAAAAUUUACUGUUGUUCUUUUAGCUCACUAAUCAAGUAUUUGAGAACUUUUCUAAUAAAUCUUUUAAAACAAUAGUACACAUAAAAUAUUUAAACUAUUAAAUCACCAAAUGAUUUUUGAUAAAGGAUACUAGAUGCAAAUAAAUUGUGUAACGCUCCAACUGCUUAUGUCUAUGGGUCUCUAUAUCUUUCCUUCUUGCUAAUGCCCCUAAAUGGAUUUCAAUUAUCCAUCCAUAUUAAAAUAUGCAUGCAGACAUUUUGCCAUCUUUUUUUCAAUCUCACAAUGUUAUAACACUAUUUCACAAUCUUCUUUUUUAAUCUCUCUCUCUAUAACCUGAACUUAUUCAUGAAAAUUUGACAUUUAAUUUAUAUCAUUUAAAUUUUGGAGUAAAUUUUGCCCAUCUUCCUCUCAAACUCCGUCAUGAAUUUUAUUUAUAUAUUUUAAAAUGACUUUUUGACACAAUAAUUAUGCUAAUUUUUUGUAAGGACAUAAGGUCGAUUUUACUUAAAUAAUUUAUAGUUCACCUCAGAUGGACAGUCAUAUGUCUAUUAUUUUGAAUACUAUUUGAGUUUCAUGGUUACACGACCAACUUUUUUUUUCUUUUUUUUUUUGAGCAACACAAGACCAACUCAUCAUGUUCUUUGUAGAAUUUGUAAAUAAAAUAUAAAUAAAUAAACAAGCAUUGAUGGAAACCACAGUUCACGAGAAGAGUAUUGUCAUACCAGAAGGCAGAAGCCAACAAGAAAGGAAAUAAGAGUGAGUCACGGGCACUGAAAGACAACAUCAAUUGAUAGAAUAAAAUUGACACCUUAGUUUAAUUGUGUAUAAAACUUUUCGGUUUUGUACAUUAGAAUUUAAAUCUGCACCUCUCAGUGGACUCAUCACCAGCUUUAUCCUUGCAAUAUAUAAAUGUUUUCGGAUGGUGGCAGCUAUGCAAACAACGGAAGAGAAUAUAGUCCACAGCGACGUAUUUAACUUCUUAAGUUUUUACUGGAAUAGUGAUAAUUUUAUUGAGAAACUAGAGUGAAAUAGCACUAUUUAAAAAAAAAAGUGGAAAUUAUAAGAAAUAAAUAAUCUUACAAAAAGUUAGAAAACUGUUACUGUUUUACAAAAAAAACAAUAUAA